UCAUGUUCGAUAAUAGAAAUCAAUAAUAGCCUACAAUGCUUGGAACUUAAUUGUAACAAUAAUAAUAAGUCUUUCCUCCCUAAUAUUAAGGUGUAGAUCCAUAUGCUUAAAUAAGUCCUCCAAAAGCUAAUCCUUAAGGUUCUUUGGGAUUGUAAUAAUAAGUAUAAAGCAGCUACGUUUAAUAAACACCUUAAUAAGGCACUCAAACUGUUUAUGAACACAAAGUUAUUACAACAGGUUAAGUUUUAUCUCCACAAAUUCAUUAAAAUCCAAUAGCAUUUUAAUAAGCUUCUACAAUAAAAAGUAAAGGUUCUUAUUGUAUUGAUUGGUGUGUUUAUUUUAUUCCAAUCCUUUUCUUUGUUGCCAUAUUGUGUUUUAUGAGUAUGAUAAUAGCUCAAAAAGACAGAGAUUUUAAUUAAGAGCCAAUCAACAAUGUAUUAAGAUCAUUCAGUCACAAUUAAGCAUUAACACCAAUAGCUGAUAUAGUAGCUCCACAUUUAGCAAGACCAUCUAGUAUGCAUAGUCAUUUCUAACACAAAUCAGAGAUAGAAUUAUGUCCAGAAGGCUUCACAUUAACAACUUUAGGAGAAUGGCCAGGAAUAAAUUCUGGAUGCAUAUGUGAUAAAUAAAUAAAGAAGGAAGGAUUUUGUUGGGCUAGAAGUGGAUGUGAUUCAAUUGACAGCUAAAAUGCUAAACAAUUUUAAUCUUGGAAUGGAGGAAAAAUAUGUUAAAAACUUACAAUUGGUUGGACAAAAUUAAAUGGAAAUAUUUGUUCUGAAGGAUAUAAGAAAUGUGGUAAUGUUUGUGUUCCAACAAAUGGAGAUGCUACUAGGAGUUGUCCACUUUCAGAUUUAACUUUAUUAAGUACUGAUCCAACUACAGAUUCAGAUCCAACAUCAUUAAAUACUUAAGUUGUUAAGAUUGGUAAUAAAUGGUAUAGAAAAUCUUAUGAUGGAAAUCCAAUUGUGCAAUUUUCAAUUAUUCCUGGAAAUGCAGAAUUAGGUAAGAAUUCUGCUCCAUGUUUCAAUGAUAUUACUUCAUCAACUUUUGAAUCAUAAUAAUCUUAUCCAUUAUUGAGGAAACCAGCAAUUGGUUGUGAUGAAUUUGGUAAUUUUUAAAAUGAAGUUGUUAAGAUUGAUACUUAAACAGCAAAAAAGAUUCAUGAAGAAAAUGGAAUAUUAUCAACUCUUCAUGGAAUCCCAGGAUAUUUGUCAUAUGAAGUAGAAUCAGAUUCAUAUACAUUAGAAGGAAUCAGAAGAAUAACUGUUAAUCCAUCUACUGAAUGUACUUCACUUACACCCUCUGAAGUUAAUUAAAUUGUAGAGGACAGUGAAGAUAUUUAUUCAUAUAGAAAAUGGUUUAGUAUAGUAAUCUUUUGGAUUUGUGUGAUUGGACUUGUAAUAUUCGUUUAUCUUUAUUUAAUAAAAAGCAGAGUAUUUAUAAUUAUCCAUAUUUAGAACUUCCAAACUUUGAAUGUAUCAUAAAUAAAGUAACCAAAAAUACUGAUUCUCAUUGCUGUUAUUGUAGCUAUAUUGUGCAUCAUAUUUGGAUCUCUCUAUUUAUAUAAUAUGAAUGGUGAUGUAAGUAUUAUUAUCUAGUUGUUUAGGAUGGUUUAAGGAAUUUAGAUUCAAGAUUUAAGUCAUAAUUGGACAAUGAAUGUUUCAAUGAUAAAGGAAUUAAGAAUGUAAUUAAUAUGUAAUAUAAUUUAGUCUGUUGAAUAAUUACAUAAUUUUGCUUAUUCAUAAUAUUCUACUAUUGGAUAUUGGGUUACUUGGGCAUUUUGGUUGAGCAUAGCCUUCUUUAUAUUAAUUAUUGUCUUGAUUAUUAUCUAAAGAGGCUCUCAUGGCAAUUUAUGUAUUAAUCCAUGGUAGGCUAAUUGGGUUUUUGGAUAUAAUGAAUUUUAGUGAA